AUGCACUGUAUCUUAAGAAAUAGAUGUGUCAGCUUUUACCGUGCAUUUAGUGCUACGGCUGUACGGAAUUGUUCAGGUUCUACUGCUCCACCUUCCAAAAAGCUGAAGAAAGUUUUCUCAAUUAUAACAUGGAAAUCUAUGACAGCGACAGCGCUCAUAGCCGGCGGACUAACAGGAUUCAUGAUGUACGUUAGAAAAGAAAAACAAGAUGCUUUAGAGCGCGAGAGGAAACGACAACUUGGAAAGGCUAAAAUAGGUGGUGAUUUUGAGUUAGUGAACACCGAGGGUAAAUUAGUCAAAAGCUCAGAUUUCUUAGGAAAGUGGUUAUUAAUUUAUUUUGGAUUCACCCAUUGCCCCGAUAUCUGCCCUGAUGAGUUGGAAAAGUUGGCAGAAGUUGUCAACAUGCAUGAUAGUGAUAAUUCACUGCCACCAGUACAACCUAUUUUCAUUUCUGUGGACCCUCAAAGAGACACACCUGAAGUAGUAGGAAAGUACUGCAAAGAGUUUUCACCACGCUUCUUGGGCUUAACUGGAACUAAGGAACAAAUACAAAAAGCCUGCAAGUCAUAUAGAGUAUACUUCAGUGCUGGCCCUCAGGAUCAAGACGAUGAUUACAUUGUGGAUCACACAAUUAUUAUCUACCUUGUAAAUCCAGACGGCGAAUUCGUUGAUUACUUUGGGCAGAACAGGAACGCAAAAGAUAUUCACAAUUCAAUGUUGGUGAACAUCAAGAAGUAUCAAGACGCAAAGAGUUCGUGGUUUUAG